AUGGCUUUUGCUUUUGGGGGGAUACGAGACGGGUCUAUGCCAGGUCUAGCCUCACUUCCUAGACUAGUAUCUGAGACAGGACCUUAUGAAGAUGUGUAUACUGGGACAAAUGACUGUUGUACAAGCCCUGAAGAGGGCGUGUAUCGCGGAGAGACUAUUUUCUGUCAUACAAGAGAAAAUUGUCCUGAGAGCAAAGCCGAUGUAUGGAGUAUAAUCCCAGUUAAUUCUCUCAAACACAAAAUGCAAGGCCUGCAUGAAGAAGUGACAAAGUACAUUACACAACCUCAAACCCGGCAGCGAUCCCGCCCACUCACAAUACUACCAUAG